GUCCGUCACUUCUUCGGCGUGAUUCACUUCAAAAGAAAUUUAUAGAUUAGAUAAAUAAAUAAAACUCUCCUUUUAAAAGUCAGCCGCAGUCGUACAAUAAUUAUAAGGUUGUUGGUCCACUGAAUUUCGCUGCAAAAAUUGUUGUUGAAGGAAUUUCUUGGAGAAGAAUGUCUGGUGGUAUUGCGCGUGGACGACUGGCGGAGGAACGCAAAGCCUGGCGCAAAAACCACCCUCAUGGUUUUGUGGCUAAGCCGGAGACACUUCCUGAUGGCACAGUGAACUUGAUGGUGUGGCACUGCACAAUCCCUGGUAAACCGGGAACUGAUUGGGAGGGCGGUUAUUACCCACUGACUAUGAAUUUUAAUGAAGACUAUCCAAGCAAGCCACCAAAGUGUAAAUUCCCUCAAGGUUUCUUUCAUCCAAAUGUUUAUCCAUCUGGAACUGUUUGCCUCUCAAUUCUCAAUGAAGAUAGUGGGUGGCGACCUGCCAUUACAGUGAAGCAAAUUUUAGUUGGCAUUCAGGAUUUGUUGGAUCAGCCAAACCCUGCUGAUCCAGCUCAGACGGAAGGGUAUCAUUUGUUCCUUCAGGAUGUUGUGGAAUACAAGAAGAGGGUUCGUCAGCAGGCCAAGCAGUAUCCUCCACUUGUCUGAAUGUAGAGGCUGUUUCAGUUUUAAGUUAUUGUUAUAACUUGUAUGAAGACCAUUUUUUUCUUCCCCUUUUUUUGGGGGAAUUUUUAUAUUUUGUUGGAGACGAUGGAUUAACCAACAAUUGGCACGUGUUUUUAGUGAUAGUCGAACCUUCAUUGUGCAUCGACUCCUAAUUGAGUUGAGUUGCUACUGGUUUCUCAAAAUUGUGGAAAACUACAACUGAGGAAUGACUCUAAGAAUAUAAUUUGUGCGAUUCCACAUUUCA